AUCAUUCCGCUUUGAAUUCAUAAACGAUCAAGUCGUGCAUCGCGCACCACAACGAGUGAAGGUUCAUAUAUUUAGUGUACUAGUGUAGAGACCGGUAAGACUUUGUUCGCGUGCAACAUUUAUUUUAUGUGCUUUUUUUGGCAUUUUGUUUGUUAUUUUGUAUUUUUAUACUCUUGCCGCUAAAGCUGUCAAGUACUGGCGCUUUUGUGUAUGUACUUGUAAAUCAAAUUUAAAGUUAUUGAAGACAAAAGGCUUUUCUUCGGAAUUUGUAUGUACAUUUCUCGCCUUUUCAACGUUUCGCUGCACAUUCUAAAUAGUUACUUUGGAGCAGCCUCAGUGUCCGCAUUUUACAACACAUUUGCUCUCAUAUAUACAUAUGUACAUGCGCGUAUUUGCAUUUGUUUUUACGCUUGAGCGCCGAUGCGUCCAAUAACUAAACUACCAAGCGUUGGAAACAAAAACUAACUAACGUUAAACUAAACAACCAAACUCCCCCAAUGUCGAUGACAAUCUAAUCGUACUUGUGAAAUUUUUAAACGCUUGUUUUGUUCGCGCGUGUUGUUGUUCGUGGAGUUGCAAUUAGAAAACCAUUAACUGGAAUUAAAUUACAUCACGGGUGACGAGCGGAAGCGUAUUGCCAUCACCGUAGCACUGUUGCUCUACGCUCUGCGGUCUUCUAUCCUCUUCAAUCGUCAGUCUUCAGUCUUCCGUCCUCAGUCUUCAGUCAUCUUCGCGGUCGUCGUCUUUUGUGCUGAACGCGCAGUGUUACGUGUCGGAAAGUGUGUACUGAUAAUUGUUGAAUCUAAUUGAAGGUGCGAGCAUCCUUGAGGUGCGAACUAGUGACAAGUGAAGCAGAUCAAAUACUCGUACUCAAAAAAAGAUUAAUAUAAUAGUAGUCAAGCAAAUCGAUUUUAUAGUUUUGAUUGCGUGUGAAUAUCCCUCAAUCUCACUUGUGAAGAUUACUGCUGACUCUCUUGUGAAUAGCGGAAACCAAUUGGAUAAUUUGAUUCGAUACUUUGGAAUUGAUUACAGCGCACAAAAACGGAAAUAACAGCAGCAAAGCCAUGAUGAAAUUCGAAAUUAUAACUUGGUUGCGUAUUGGUGCAAUACUCAUAGCGACGGCCACUUGCAUUCUGGGACAAGCGCAGCUGGACUAUCGCAAGCCAUGGCCAACGUACAGCCUGCAAAAUAUGCCACAAACGCGAUUCACAUGCCACGACAAGAUACUCGGCGGCUACUAUGCAGAUGCGGAGACUCAAUGUCAGAUGUUCCAUGUGUGCGUCAAAGUGUCCGGAGUGGGGGUUCAAGACUUUCGCUUCUUGUGUCCCAAUGGCACCGCCUUCGAUCAGGAGGCACAAAUAUGUGCUGAUUGGGGUGACGUCGACUGUGAGACCUCUGUGCUGUAUUAUGGCAGCGACAACUUUGAUCUUUAUCGUUUGGGUUCAGGUUUCGAAAGUAAACGUGCGCCACUUGCUGAAGAAGAGGAAGCCACAUUCCAUUUGCAGCGUGCCGAGAGUGGCGAUAUCCGUCGGUCAAAAGAGACACGCAUAGAUCAAAAGUCACGCCCCGAUCAGCCGCCUAACUAUUCGAAGCACUUUGGCGCAACACCUCAACGCAACUCUUACAAUAAUUAUGCGAAUUCAAAUGCGCAAAACAACAACAACAACAAUAAUAAUAAUAACGAUUUUGAAAAUAAACCAACACACACACGAAAAAUAGAGACGACGCCGGCGCGCAGACCAAUUGUGAAUUAUUAUACGCCAACAACAUCUACCACUACAACAACAACAACCACUGAACGCUACUUCGAUGAAUCGAAACAGGAGUACGAUGACAUUUUCAAAGGUUCGCACAGUUCGCAUUUCUUUGCAAAUCGCAAUGGUGGGCGUGAGGAUGAUUUCAUUGAUCACCCAGUGAAGGCGAAAUUCAACGAUUUCACCGAUUACAGUAAAAAGACCACGGAAACGUCCACGGCUGGCAAGACACGCGCACAGCCAACACGUCCCAAGCGUAUUCAGCAAACAAGCACAUCAACAACCACUACAACAACUACUCCAGUAACCACUGCACCGAAGAUCAUAAAGAAGGUCACACUGCAGCCCUACUAUAAUACCAGUGCGUAUGAUUUUACACAAGAGAAGUCCCCCGUUUCUUCCGUGUUCGCGCUCCCCACAUCAGCCGCAACUUCCACGGCCCGCCCCAGUUACAGCACAGCCAAUCGUUUCAGCUUCAAUUCGAACGACUAUCAAACUCAAGAGAAAAUUGAACCAACCACCUAUAAUCCUGCUAACAGCGCUUAUCGCAUUAAGAGCACUACACCAAAAUACACCGAGUUUAAUCGCGAUAACAGUGUUAGCACGCGAGGAAGGACUUCGAGUCCAAAUUCGUAUCUACCCAAUGAGACUACAAAGAGCCGCAAUAAGCCAACAGCUUCGGCGCGAAAGUCGCAAAAAUUGGAACGCACUCAACAAAAACUUGCUAGCCGAAAUUCGUCCUCUGCCAUUGUGAAUGAAUUUGAUGACUUCCCGAAGAUAAGGUUGCAGCAACCGCAACCCUUCCAGACAGUUUCACCAACGAUAUCCGCGCAGUCAACACGACGGCCCGCAUCCACUAAACAGUACCAAGAACCGCAGUACUAUCGCACUCGUGGUACGACGACCGAGAAGCCGCUACGUCAGGGCAAUCAAGAAACAGCGCCUCAGACGCAACGUGGUUCCACUACAACUGCCAGCGUAAGCACAUCAAAGUCCACUGUCAAUCCCGAGACUCGUCCACGUGGCUUCGCUAGCCGUGGUAGCAUCAACUAUAAGGCCACCACGCAACGCGAAACUGCCUAUUACGCGCCCACCACUAGCACCACAAAGAAGUUCUCAACGCUUGUGCCAAAAGUGCAGCAGUCGCUAACGCCAACGGCCUUCAAGCCUACCACUUAUCAAAAACCUUUGGAUAAUUUCUUUUAUCAAACCCAGCAAACUGUGCGCCCAUCCAGUAAGACGACAAAACAAUCGAGUAACGGUAUUAACACGCUAACGCCCACCACCGCUAAUCCUUACUACAAUCCAGACGAGGAUGACGGUCAAUACCAUCCGGAGUUGUAUGAGGUUGAGUUCUCACGUAAUCGUUUCAAUAUACAACGCUCUUCUACAACAACGACUACAACUACAACAACUGCGUCCCCUCAUAAUUACAACAAUGACUUCCAAAACCCACAAAAACACCUAAAGACACAACAACAAACUGCAUUACGCAAACAGCAAGAGCAAUCGGAGCCGGUCGACUUAAGCGAUGAGGACGAACUUUUUAACACAGCGCAUUCGUUGAACUUCGGUGCGGCUAGCAUCAAUAAGUUGCGUGCAGACAUCUUCAAAGCAGAAAAGACCUCACAGCAAUAUAAUUCACAGUAUAGUCCGAAAGUAGAGACGUCUAGUACGAGACCAACAACCUCAACGCUACACACAACAACCACACCCAGCACCACCUUCAAUUAUUACGCCUACUCGACAACUGUACCAACAACUAAAUUCUACACAAGCACCAGCAUCUCGUCCACCACAGCUACGCCAUCGACUACAGUGACAACAAGGCGUCCAACAACAUUUGCAACAACGCCCUACAACGUGCCUUCGUCCACUGUAAAAGUCACCAAGGCGCCGAAGAGCAGUAAGUCCUCAGCAAAGAAAGGCAAAAAGGGUAAAGGCGCCUCAAAGCGUCCACCACACGCUGAUGAAAAUACCAGCUAUGAUUAUGCCUACUAUGAUACCGAUACGUUGAGUGAGUCGCCGCAAGAGUAUCCAGAGUACGAGUUUGCAGAAUUCGCGAAAACGCGCAAGAACUGAAGCGGUGAGCGUUGAGAGAAUUUACACAAACACCUACACUUCAUAGUCGCGCCAUCAAUUUUCAAUACCCCAGAAUCACUAUGCACAAAUAGCUAAAGCUUGGAACUGUCACACAUCGUUACUGCUGUUCUGAUAAAUAAAUAGUAAAGGCACGAAUUCGGUGCCAGUGCCAGAGUUUUUAAAUGCCCCCAUUUACUACAUCAACCCAUGGUCAUUUUUUCUACAGCUGCAAUAUUUGUCGCCUUGUUCAAUUAUUUUGUUUUUUAUACCCACUCCGACAUUUUGUAAUAUAAUAAUAUUAUUUGCGUGUUUCUAGUUAUUUGUGAAAUAAUUAAAAAAACAAACAAGAAUACGCGAAAACUGCUGCAGUUCAUAGUCGUUAGACAAAUACUCAACAUUUUUAAGUUAAUGGUUUGGUCUUUGGAGGUGAAAUUUUUACAAAAUUUUUUUAUUUUUGAUAUUUUAUGCACAGUAUUUUUAUUUAGUUGCACUUUUCGAAAUCGUUACGAUUUUUAUUUUUUUAUUUAACACUUUUUAUUGUAAAAGAAGACAAGUUGAGUUAAGUUACAUAAGUUCGAUAUGGCAAUUUAUGUAA